GCAUGGUGGGUGCCACGGCAUGGUGGGUGCCUCGGCAUGGUGGGUGCCACGGCGAGAACGCGGCUCCGUCAGCUUGACCUCUGUUCCACCUCCUACCAGGUGGUUCCCCGAGGCACCACCCAGGUUGGACUUUGUUCCCCUUACAACACAGGCUUUGCCCUUCCUCCUGCCCCUCUGCGUCCACUGGGGCCACUGCCAUCCUUUCCCCAUUUCUUUACCUCCUGUCCACAGCUGUCGUAGCCGAGGGUGCUAAUGACCCAGGCUCCCUAGGGCCGCCACCCCACUGUGCCUUGGCGGUGGGGGUAGCCUGGCCUGGGCUGCGGGAGGGGGGGACUUUGAGUGUUCAACCAGGACAGGAAGGGACGUGCUGAGCUCAGGGAUCCCCUCCCUUUUCCACCCCCAGCUGCCUCUGUUUCCUCUCUCAUUCCCCCCUACUCUCCCGUGGCUUCCUGCUCCCUUUGGCCUGCCCAUGUCCUGUUGGGAUUGAUCCAGACCUAUCCUGAUUUCCCUCCUUUCCUUCUCAUUCCUACAUGCUUCCCUCCCACCCCCACUUUGCUCCCCUCCCCGAUUACUGGUGGUUGUCUGGGGGCAGGGUGGGGACACGCAUAGCUCUGUCCCUGCCGAGUCCGGGGCUGUGGCAUUGGUGGGGGUUCAGCCCCUUAGAGCCUGUGAGUCAGCACUGUCCUCGGGAUUGGGCUCUCGGCUUAGCUCCCCGCCCCUGGGGAGGAGCCAGGCAGCUCUGGGUCCAGCCUGUUCUCUUCUCCGCCGGAGAAGAGGCUCCACGCUGGGCGGGGAUGGGGCCUGAAACUCUCUGGGUCUGAGCGGGGGUGGGCUCUGGUGCCACUUACCCUCUCCCUUCCCAGGAUCCUUGAGAUCCCUGGGCCAGAGAGGUCCGGUCAGGCUAAGGGCCUGGGGAUGCCCCCUGCCUGGCCCCCUUGCCCUGACCGGCAGGGGGGCCAGGCUGGGCAGCAGCCUCCCUCUCACUCCAGCCAUGGAUCUCCUGCCCCCCAAGCCCAAGUACAAUCCGCUUCGGAAUGAGUCUCUGUCACCGCUGGAGGAGGGGGCUUCGGGGUCCACCCCGCCGGAGGAGCCGCCUUCCCCCUCGGCCUCGUCCCUGGGGCCUAUCCUGCCCCCUCUGCCUGGGGACGAGAGUCCCACCACCCUGUGCUCCUUCUUCCCCCGGAUGAGCAACCUGAAGCUGGCCAACCCAGCUGGGGGGCGCCCGGGGCCAAAGGGGGAGCCAGGGAGGGUGGCUGAGGAUGGGGAGGGGAUCGUAGGGGCGGCCGCGCCAGACUCAGGCCCCCUGCCCCUCCUCCAGGACAUGAACAAGCUGAGUGGAGGCGGCGGGCGCAGGACUCGGGUGGAAGGGGGCCAGCUGGGGGGCGAGGAGUGGACCCGCCACGGGAGCUUUGUCAAUAAGCCCACGCGGGGCUGGCUGCAUCCCAACGACAAAGUCAUGGGACCCGGGGUUUCCUACUUGGUUCGGUACAUGGGCUGUGUGGAGGUCCUGCAGUCGAUGCGCGCCCUGGACUUCAACACCCGCACCCAGGUCACCAGGGAGGCCAUCAGUCUGGUGUGUGAGGCUGUGCCCGGUGCGAAGGGGGCAACAAGGAGGAGAAAGCCCUGUGGCCGCCCACUCAGCUCCAUUCUGGGGAGGAGUAACCUGAAGUUUGCAGGAAUGCCGAUCACUCUCACCGUCUCCACCAGCAGCCUCAACCUCAUGGCCGCAGAUUGCAAACAGAUCAUCGCCAACCACCACAUGCAGUCUAUCUCAUUUGCGUCCGGUGGGGACCCGGACACAGCUGAGUACGUCGCCUAUGUUGCCAAAGACCCGGUCAAUCAGAGAGCCUGCCACAUCCUGGAGUGUCCCGAAGGGCUUGCUCAGGACGUCAUCAGCACCAUCGGCCAGGCCUUCGAGCUGCGCUUCAAACAAUACCUCAGGAACCCGCCCAAGCUGGUCACCCCUCACGACAGGAUGGCUGGUUUUGAUGGCUCGGCUUGGGACGAGGAGGAGGAAGAGCCACCUGACCACCAGUACUAUAAUGACUUCCCGGGGAAGGAGCCGCCUCUCGGGGGAGUGGUGGACAUGAGGCUUCGGGAAGGAGCUCCCCCCGGGGCUGCUCGACCCACCCCACCCGGGGUCCAGACCCCCAGCCACCUGGGAGCAACGCUGCCUGUGGGGCAGCCUGUUGGGGGAGACCCAGAAAUUCGCAAACAGAUGCCACCUCCACCGCCCUGCCCAGCCUCUCUCUCCUCAGCAGGUAGGGAGCUCUUCGACGAUCCUUCCUACGUCAACGUCCAGAACCUAGACAAGGCCCGGCAAGCAGGGGGUGGGGCCGGGCCCCCCAAUCCUGCCAUCAAUGGCAGCGCGCCCCGAGACCUCUUUGACAUGAAGCCCUUCGAGGAUGCCCUUCGCGUGCCUCCACCUCCCCAGUCAGUGGCCAUGGCCGAGCAGCUGCGAGGGGAGCCCUGGUUCCACGGGAAGCUGAGCCGGCGGGAGGCCGAGGCCCUGCUGCAGCUCAACGGGGACUUCCUGGUGCGGGAAAGCACGACCACGCCGGGCCAGUACGUGCUCACUGGCCUGCAGAGUGGGCAGCCCAAGCACCUGCUCCUGGUGGACCCGGAGGGCGUGGUUCGGACAAAGGAUCACCGCUUUGAGAGCGUCAGCCACCUCAUCAGCUACCACGUGGACAAUCACUUGCCCAUCAUCUCUGCGGGCAGUGAACUAUGUCUCCAGCAGCCUGUGGAGCGGAAGCUGUGAUCCAGCAAAGUGCUUUCUCCCCGAAGGGGCCCUCUCACCCCUUCCACCCUGUUCCUUGAUUCUCAGGACUUCACUUGGGAGUGUUUUGUGGGCUGGGCCUUGUGUUGGAGCUGGGAGUAGUGUGGACACGGUUCAGCAUCGGCUGAAUGAGAGGGUUUGUCGGAAGCCUGGGGUAGAAUCCCGUUUCUCCCCGAACCUUACCAAAGUAUUAAUGUACAGAGUAGCCCCUCCCCUGGGCCUCUCCUGUGCCAAUCUGAUACCCCCUUCCCCAAGAAGGUGGGUGCUUGAGGCCUGGGCAGCGUGCCUCCUUGAAAUGGGAAAAGCCUAAUGGGGCAAUCACCUUUCUAGGGAAGGGGGAACGAAUCACCCCUUUGGUCUACCCUUGGGCUCAGAUCCCUCUCAACAACUCUCCCUCCCAGUGGUUAAACUUUGUGCCUUUGACCAUCCUAGGUCUGAAGAGAUUUUAUGCAAAGAGUUCUUGAGCCCCUGAGGUCGAGGAUGGGAGUGCUGACACCUUGGCUUCGGGGACCCUGUCCUCUCCUUGCUCGGCACCCACUCCACCUCCACCCCAGUUUAGGUUGGGAGAGCAGAGGCAGGAAUGGCAGCUGGCCCCUGUCCCCAGGGAAAAUGCAACCCUUAGAGAUUGCCUCCGAGCCCCCCCUCUCCCUGGCCAGUGGGGAGACGGACCCCUCCCUUGCUCAGUGCCUCCUGGCCAGGGGGGGGCCCCCCACCCAAGGGGUCUGUGUAUACAUUUUGUAAGUCCCUCCCCCACCUCCCAAUUUGCAUGCGUGUUCUACUCUACAGCCAAAGCGUCGCCCUGGGUCCUGCAGCCUCUUCCCUGCCUCUUGCUGGGGCGGGGGUGGGGGGGGUGUGUGUGUGUGUGACAGGAUUCAGGCCUCCUGAACUGGUAACUGCGGGUUUGUGGAGGCAGGAACGGAGGGCAAUGAGACUAAAGCAGUAGACGAUCCCCAAAUACCAUCUGUAGAUUUGGAACUACACUUAUUUUGAUUUUAUACGCGUAUAUUUUACGGCUGUGGAUUUACUUUCCUUAUUUGUUUUCUCUGGCUUAUCUGGAGCACAGAAUGAUAAUAGUCAAUUACAUGUACACAUCACCUCUUUGCCUUUUCGAAGCCCUUUUAUAAGGACUAGCAUUUCCCUCCUCCUGGCCUGGGCACGAUCUUUUCCGCCAGAGGCUGCGGCCUUGGAAGUGGAUCGCGAGCCGGGAUUAGGAAAGCCUGGGCCUCCCGGAGGCCAGGCGGCCUAGUGCACGACCUGAGCUUCUGAGCUUCGGUGUCAGGCUGACGCCCCCCGCCCCCCACCCCGGGAGCCAGCCCUGCUGCUGGGGGCCCUGCCUGCGGACUGGGAGUGGGGGAGUGUCUCCACGGUCUUCGUCCUCGCCUUUUUGUUUGGGUGUCUUCGCGGGUGUCACUUAUACCAAAGGGAAAUCCUCUUUAUUAAAGUCCCUGUUUCUUCUA